GUAAAACAUUUUUUCAACACUUGUAUAAACCAUGAAUUUCACCCCACUAAUUUCAGUUUUACGCUUCCUCUUAAACCUCUUUCUUUCUCCAUACCUCUAAAAAUAUGGCAUCUCAAUCUCAGCUCAGUUGGUCCUCAAAAGUUGUUUCUUCUAUGACAUUCAAUAUCAGUGAAAGUGAACAAACAAUUCCUGUAAAAGAAGCUAUCACUGAAAAGGAAAUGGCAGUUACAGAAGACAUAGCAACUAAAACUCCAUUUAGAAGCAUGAGUGCAGCAGAAGUGAGUCAAGAUGAGUUAAACAGCAAGGAGAAUGUAGACGAGAGCGUUGUAGCUGUAGAACCAGAAGAUCUGGUGAAUGAGAAUAAAAGUGAACAGGAAGAAGACAACAAAAAAGAGGGAUUGCUGGAGGAAGAUACAGAGAAACCAGAUGCACCUCAAGGAAGACAAGAGGAAGAUAUGAUGCAGGCUGAACAUGCACAGGAAGAACUGAAGACUAAUAGAGAUGAAGAAGAGAUGACAGAUAAGCCUCUUGAAGAAGAUCGCCUGGAAAAUGAAAAGACAACUGCAGAAGAAAGUAGGACAGAGACAGAAAUGUCAAAAGAACCUCUGGAGGAUGACCAACAAGACCGAGAUAAGGAGCAAGAACCUGAAGAACAUCAUAUUGAGUCUCUGAAAUCUGAAGGUGAUCCUAUCCAAAAUUUGAAAACAUCUGCAGGGUCUAAAGAGCUUGAAGAAGAAGAAAUGGCAGUCAGCACAGUUGAUGCCAAAGUGGUGCCUGAAGAACCAACAAUGGGGAAGACCAUGUCUUUCAUCUCUGAGAAAGACAUGGACCCUGUUUUAAAUGAGAAAGUAAAAUGUUUCCCCACAAAAGAGCUAAAAACAGGUGACAUUCUUGGACCUGUAGAAUCAGAGGUCACCGCCUUUCCUGACAAAGAACAGACAACGAAAAAAGUGAAAUCUCGAAAGGUACUUAUCGUAUAGGAGCUCUGACUGAAGCGCUAGCACAAAGCUUCCAGUUCUCCACCCUAUAGCGUCGUUGGCUUUGAGCUUUGCCUUUCCAGACCCAGAGUGUCUGUUCUUGUCCCAUAGCAAUGGUGUCUUUGUGUUGCAUCCUCUCCAUCCUGUAUCUAAAAUGUUUUCAUUGUCUGGAUGUUAUAAAGGUUGCAUGUUUUCUACAGUAUCAACAUCUCUUUGUUG